AUAAACAACGCCACUUCGCCGGAAGAAAUGCUCACGCUCAUUGCACGCACCCAAGUUUCGUUCGUUACAGUGCAGAUCAUGGCGAACGAUUUUCCCGAUAAGAACAUCCUCCAAAGCCCCGCCCUUCUCCAGUAUAUACUGGAAUCCAACGCCUAUCCGAGAGAGCAUGAACAGUUGAAGGAACUCAGAGAAACCACCGUCGGAAAGUUCGACAAGUCUCGGAGCGUGAUGGGCGUACCGGCGGAUCAAGGAUUGUUUCUAGCAAUGCUUGUUAAACUGAUGAACGCUAAGAAAACGAUAGAGAUCGGUGUAUUCACUGGCUACUCACUCCUCACCACUGCGCUUGCCCUGCCCGCCGAUGGCCAGAUAACAGCAAUUGAUGUGGAUAGAAAGUCGUUUGAAAUUGGUUUACCAUUUAUCAAGAAGGCAGGAGUCGAUCAUAAGAUCAAUUUUGUGGAAUCCGAGGCAUUGAUUGUCCUGAAUGACCUCCUCAAAGAUGGAAAAGAAGGAGAGUUUGAUUUUGCAUUUGUGGAUGCGAAGAAAUCGGAAUACAUAAAAUAUCAUGAGUUGCUUUUAAGAUUGGUGAAGGUUGGGGGAGUAAUCGGGUACGAUAACACCCUGUGGUACGGAUCGGUGGCCCAGAGCGAGGAGCUGGUUGAAGCAGAUUUGAAGGAUAAUAGAAUUUACAUGCGAGAGUUAAAUGCGUUUCUGGUUAACGACUCGCGUGUGGAGAUAGCUCUCCUGUCCAUUGGAGAUGGUCUUACUCUUUGCAGGCGUAUCAACUAGUUAUCUCUAUCUUCAAGUUUCUCUAAACAAAUCUCAUAUUGUAUUGUAUGAGUGUGAUCUUCCUCCAUAGUCCGUACUCGGUCAUUAAUAAUUAGCCUCAAGGCUUGUCAGUUUCUAUGUUUUUCCCCCCUUUUUUCUAAUGAGUAUUUAUGGUUUGUAUUUGUAUUGACAUCCCGUUAGAAUUUUAACUAUUUUCGUUGUGCGUGUAUUUUAGUUGUGGUUCAUUUUAA